CUGCUUUGCCUUGCCGUGGUGUGUUGAUUUUCACGCACUCUUCACUUUUCCGUCGGUCGUCUCGCAGGUUCGUGGUGCGCGCCCGUGUCUGUCGGUCCCGAGAGAGAGCAAAAAGAAAACUCGGGGGGAAAACCUCGCGUACAAGUCGCGUUUUUUCCGAGCGGAUAUUUUGACGACCGGAUUUUUGUGUUGUGCGGAUUUUUGCAAAGUGAUACGCCGUACGCGGAGAGAGAGGGGAAGGCGUGCGUGAAAAUCGUGAACAAAAUUUCGCUUGUUGCGUGAAUAAUAGUUUUCCUGGAGGAAAUUCAAGGGAUAAAGGAUUUCCACGGGUUGGUCCUGGUGGCCUCGCGCGUGAAGGGCUUUUCCUUCGGCGGAAAGAAAGAAAAGUGCUUCUCGACGAAAACGGGGCUACUGCGACUGGUGUGUUAGUGUGCGGGAUUUCCGGAACAAGUUCUGGAAGAAAAAGUCCCGGAUCCCGGGUGACAGUUCUCGGAAGAGUGCUAGAAGUCGCUCGUCAAGUCGUUCGUCUUUUUUGCGCUGAUUCUGGCCGCCGUGUGUCGUGUAGACAAAACCACAAAAUCCGAAAGGAAAACACACAACAACCAUCGUACACACACAAAAAAAAACGCGAACGGAAGUUAUUUUUAGAACCGCAUCUCUUCUCUUCUUGGCCGCGGCCAUCUCGCGCCGUGUGUCAUGGCCUGCCGGGACGACGACUGCUUGGAGCAGCAGCAGCGAUUCCGCUGAAAAACUCCAAAGGAAAACGCACCGCCUGCCGCCUCAACAUUUGUUGGUUGGUGCGUACACGCGUGUGUUUGUGUGUGUGCGCCCUAUGGAAUAGACAUAUUUUAUCACCUUCCCUAUUGCACAUACACACGGGGUUAGGCUGUCUCUGUUGCUCUCGUUAGAGUGAGGGGCCCUGCGAGUGUGGACGUCGAAAGGGAUUACACGACGCCGCCGCCGACAACAUCAUCAUCAUCACAAAGGAAGCCGCACGCCGCGCGACGACGAACUGGACAGCAAGGCAUGCUGCAGUAAAGUGACGUCAGCGGAGUUCGCGUUGUAAUAGGAGUUGUGCGAGAGCGGGUCAAGUGAUUGUUGGCCAGCCUCAUCGCCGCUAGGAUUAAUCCUUGAAACAAUACAAAAGGCAACUUGCCACCGUGAAAAUGUCUGACUUUCCCACCGUCACCAUCACUAUCAUCCGGGGCAAAAGAAAGUAGUGUGACUCUGCAGCGGGCACACCUGCGAGAUAUGCCAUAGCUGUGAAGAAGGAACCAGUUGGGGAAGGAAGGAAAAAAAAAGGUGCAAUACACGGUAACCAAGUUCUAGUCACACCAUCGCUGCUGCAGCAAAGAUAUAUAAAUGUACACAGAAGAAAAAUGUUUAUUUAGUUUCUAAGAGAAUACACACAGAAAAUCUCCGACGAUCGACGCUCGACGUCUUCGGCAAGUAGAAAAUAAAAGGGAUAAGGAAAAGUGCAUGUGCUCCACUUCCAGGGCCCUGGCCGGCCUCGACAGAGUGUCACUGUGUGUGUGUAGGUCUGUGGGGGUGGGUGAUUUGUGCCAUAGUGUGCCAUAAAUAAUAGAGAGAGUGUUGCAGAAUUUUCUUCGGUUGGAGAAGGGAAUAUUUUAGUGUCUGUGAAGAGUGGAUUUGGAAAAUCGGUGGAAAACGCGGGAUCGAUGUGUGGGGCGAGGGAGUUGGAGUAGUGGAUUAAUUUAUGUUUAUCAGUAGCUGUCGACAUAUUUGCGGUGGAUCUGUGCUUCAGUGGAUGGCCGAAGCAUGCCCAACACGAAUGAGAAUUCGCACUCCGGCUCGACCGGCGACGACCUGGGCAGUACGGAUGAGGUGAAAGUGUUCAAGGAUGAGGGUGAUCGGGAGGACGAGAAGGCCUCGUCGGAGAACCUGCUCGAGGAGAAGUUCAAUCUGAUUGAUCUGACGGAGAGCGCGGAGAACCUGGUGAAGAACUCGCGGCAGGAUUUGAGUCCGCCGUUUUCGAGUGCGGGUGGAGGGGGAGGUGGUAGCGGGGGAAGCAGCGCCGGUAAGCUAAACUCUCCGGACCAUUCGCCGGGCUUUAUGGGAUACCUGCCGCCUUAUCAGUAUUCAAGUGGUACUGCCAGUGCAAUACAGGGCUCGAUCAGCAAGAUGGGCCUGUCGCAGUUCUUCUGCAACGAAGAUCCUCUUUCCAACCCACCGCCCGCCCACUGUGGCAUCAUUCCUUACCAGCUGGACUCGAAAGCGCUCGGGCUGUCCGCCCGGCAAUCCCUCUAUUCUUUCUCCACCAGCCAGUACCCGUACCCAAUCCUGUCCUCGAACAUGCUACCCGUUCCUCCCUCGUGGCACACGCCCUCGAUGUACUCGACGGCGCCCAGCAGCUUCCGAAAUUCCUACCCAUCAUCGCUGCAAAUCUACACCACCCUAGCCAGUGACCUCUACUCGCGCUACCAGCAAUCCUCCUCCCUGCUCAACUCGGUCCACCCGGCCCACCAGGUGCUCAGUCAGGUGAAACAGGAAGUGGCCUCGCACGACGCCCUGUCCCACAACUACAGCGUCCGGCAAGCCCAUCACCACCACCUCCAAAGUCACCAAUCCAGCAGCAGCAAAUCCACCGACCUGCCCCAAGAGCUCACGCUGAACCGGGGCUACGGCCGACCCGCCACGGGCAGCAGUGCCGGAAGCAGCAGCGGAGGCUCGGCGGCCAGCAGUGGGGGCGGCGGAACCAAGAAGAAACUGACCAGCGCCCAGCAAGCGAACCUUAAACCACAUAUCAAAAAGCCCCUGAACGCGUUCAUGCUGUACAUGAAGGAGAUGCGCGCCAAGGUCGUCGCCGAGUGCACCCUCAAAGAGUCGGCCGCCAUCAACCAGAUCCUCGGCCGGAAGUGGCACUCGCUGACGCGCGAGGAACAGAGCGUCUACUACGACAAGGCCCGUCAGGAGCGCCAGCUGCACAUGGAGAUGUACCCCGGCUGGACGGCGCGGGACAACUACGGUUACGGUUCCAAGAAGAAGCGGAAAGCGAAAAAGAAGGACACCCUCGGCGGGGACGGAUCGGCGAGCAGGCGAAAGAAAAUCUGUAUACGAACCGACGAGGCCGACAACUACGACGGGACUCGCAUGUCGGAUGAGUUUAUGGGCAGUUACGGUACCGUCGUGUAAUGAAGCGCGUAAACUACCAACAACAGCAACCAAAACAAAACCAAAAACCUGUGCAACAGAUCCCACACGCCUACCAGAAGACUUGAAAAAACACAAAACAGCGGACAUCAACCAAAAACAUUUAAAGCAACAAAAAAGGAAAUCAUGUAUACCACGGCGGCCAAUCUCAACAAAACCCAAAUUUGUUACUAUAAUUUUAGCUAAUUUAUUGAAGCAAAAGUCGUGCGAAUUUAAAAAAUAGUGUUGUCGAGGGGAAGUUUAUCCGAAAAAAACGUAUACAUUUCUGUUGUAAGAAAUAAUCGCAAAAAAAAACAAACUGCUGGACCGAAACACUUGAUUUUUCCUCGAUGAGAGAAAAGUUGUUCGUACUUAACCUUACUGUAUACACGUUAAAAACAAACACAAAAUCGCGCAUUAUCUGUACUCGUUUAGGCCGUACUAUACCAAACCAAGUUCUAUAUUAUUGCUAAUUGAAUGGGAAAAGCUGCAACCAAAACAAAAAAAAAACACAAAAAAGUAACACAAACUUGAGAGGACUUUUCUCGGGUGCUGAGAGCGAGGAAAAGGUGACGAAAUACUUAGUAGGUAAUAAACAAAAAGAUAACAAUCUGUGGUGUUUUUAAAGGUAAUUUAAAACGAGCGAAGCAUGGUGGGAGGUUAAGCGGAAGAUAUGAGGAAAAAUAUACGAGAAUGAUAAGAAUGAGUACCGCAAGUCUUUAUGAGGAUAAGGCGAAAACAAAAAAAAAGUAUAUUAGAGAUAGGUAUAUUAGAUAUUUAGAGGGCAACCAUUUAACUAAAGUGUAAGUAAGUGUUUAGUAGUAGUAAUUUUUGGGGGACGGACGAAGGAGGAAGUGUGAGAAAAAGAAGUGGGAAUGGGAAGCACAGCAAUAAUGGAGUGUCAUAUUCGAGGUUAUGAAAAUGAUAAUUAUUGUUACAAAGGAGGAUUAUGAGAGAAGAAACAGGGAAUGAAACAAAGAAGAAGCAGCAAAAAAAAAA